CUAGUUUGUCAUAUUCAUUGCAGGAGUGCGAUUUAUUUGAUACAUAUAAUAUUUUUUAAACUAAGAGUUGGACGGUAGAAAUUGAUGGGCAUCCGAGACACACACAUACACAUACCGGACGGACCCCUUCCAUCAUAUUAAAGAUUGAAUUAUUAUUACAGCUUUCGUCAUGCUGUGGUUAUUAAUUUUACUGGUGUUAUGUAUCACAUAUUGGAUGUGGUACACGAGACGGAUGCCAGAUGAGCCUCCGAUGCUGCCAGGGGCAUUGCCAUUUAUUGGACACUCCCAUCUUUUAAUGGGAAGCACAGAGAAUUUCUGGAAGCAAAUUAAGGAAAUGAGUUACAAAUGUAUGAGCUUGGGCCAUGUAUCCUUUUUUUACACUGGACCCUAUAAAUUUUACAUUUUAACUGAUCCAGACGACAUCUACAAAUUGUCAAACACAUGCUUCGAAAAAGAUAAAUUUAGCCACGAUUUCACAAAAGAACUUCUCGGCGAUGGAUUGCUAUUUUCGCAAGUAUCAACGUGGAAGCGGCACCGUAAGCUAAUAAAUCCAGCUUUUAAUCAGCAAAUACUUGAUGGAUUCAUGGACAUAUUUAAUACUCAAGGCAGACGUUUGGUUCAGCAAUUGAAAACGGUUGACGGAAAAGGCCCUUUUGAUCAUUCGCAUUACGUUAGACAGAAUCUUAUGGAAACUAUUUGCUUAACUGCAUUAGAUGAUUGUAUAACUGAAGAAGAAGCAUUAAAUUACGUGAAAGCAUUUGAGUCGUAUCUCAAUAACAAUAUCGUCAGAUUCCAGACUGUUUGGCUGCACUCAAACUUUUUAUACAACUUUAGUAGUCUCAAGAAAAAACAAGACGCUUGUAUGAAAUUUCUACACGAUACAUCUGAUUUGGUCUUACGUAAAAAGAGGGCUCAACGGAAACUAAGUAAAGCUACUAACACAUACAAAGAUGCAAAUCCUAAAGUAAAAGUAUUUAUUGACCUGAUGUUGGACCUUGAUGAGGGAACGUUAACAGAUCAAGAGAUAAGGGAUGAAAUGAAUACUAUCAUGAUGGCAGGUCACGACACAUCGGCUAACGUUAUUGUUUUUGCUUUACUUUUGAUCGGAUCGUAUCCUGAUGUUCAAGAACGAAUUUACAAAGAAUUACGAGCAGUGUUAGAAGAUAGAGAAGUUGAAAAACAAGAUUUGUCUCGUCUUGUGUAUUUAGAGGCGGUUCUUAAAGAGACCAUGAGAUAUUACGUAAUGGCGCCUUUCGUUGGUAGAUAUGUAGAUCGGGAAGUUAAGUUGAAGAAUUGCACUCUUAAACCUGGGCACAAUUGUCUUAUGCUAUUAUAUGGUGUCCAUCGGAACCCGAUCUGGGGUCCUGAUGUUGAAGAAUUUGUACCAGAGAGAUGGCUGGAUCCAGCGAAAAUGCCUAACAAUACCAGUGCAUUUACUGGCUUUAGUAUUGGAAAAAGGAAUUGCAUAGGUAAAGCUUAUGCCAUGAUGUCAAUGAAGACCCUACUAAGUCAUCUGCUCCGCCGGUACAAACUACACGCAAAUAAUAAAAAUGUCGUCUUAAAACUAGACGUCUUGCUCAAACCAGUAUCGGGACAUUUUAUUUCUAUUGAAGAUAGAUUAAAAUUAUAAAAACAAUAUAAUAUGUUUUAUU